AUUAAUUAAAAGCUGUCAUGUCCAAUCUGUCUCAUUAACGAUUUAUUCAAAUAAGAUUUCUUGAAAUACCUGAAAUGCAUAUAACCUUUAGAUGUCUAUUUAUUUCACACAUAAUUAUUCAUUGUUGUUUCAGUGAUUCUAAAUUAGCAAACAAACGAAAUUAUUAUUUUAUGCCACAUAAGCACACGUUCUGUGAAGCUAAUAAAUUAUGUUACGAAUACGGAUUAUUAGUUGAUAAACGUUGGAAACUACCAGUAUUUGAAGAUUUACAGUAUAUUCAUGAAGAUGCAAAACUUAACACAUUUUGGUUGGAAUAUAAUGCAUUAUUUACACCACGUAUAGAUGAUUAUAUUAUAUGGCAAUAUCAUGAUAUAUCUAUAGAACUAAUUGAUUUGAAAAAAAUGCAAACUACAAAUCUCCCAUUAUCUUGUUAUGAUAAACGUUAUUGUGUGAUUCAUACUAAAAGUGGUAUACUGGAAGGAGUUCAUUGUAAUAGUGUUAAUAAUGUUAUUUGUGUUGAAGCAAGCAUACAACAUGUCAAUAAACUGUUAGAUACUAAUUCAUCAAUUUUAUUAAAAACAUUCACUAUUGAAAAAAGGGUUGAUACAAAAUUUGUAUCCAUGUAUAAUGAAACAGAUGGUUGUUAUGAUCUAUUUACAAAACAUAAUAUAUACGAUUGCAUUUUACAAUGUGCUGAAACUGUAAAUUGUAUGUCAGGCUAUUUCAAUCAAUUUCAAAGCCGAUGUAUUAUCAUUCUAUACCAUCAAAGUUUAUUACCUCAUCAAUAUUCAGAUUCUAUAUCUCAGUGGUUAAGAUUUAUUGCAAAUUAUUAAAUGUAAACAAUGAUUAAUUAUUUUGUUAAUUAAUAACUUGUAUUUGAUAAUUUCCCUAUUUAAUUAACAUUAUUAUCAUAAAUUAUUGUAUUUACUAAAUAUAUAAUAUUUAACAAGACAAGUGCCAGGACAGAGUGGGUUGGAGAAU